AUGGACAAAGAGGUGGUCACCCGAACCUCUGGACGCCGACUGGGGUAUGUGCACCAACUGACGGUGGACCCAGCCAGGCUGGAGGUGGCAGCGCUGUACCUGCGCACCAGCCCCACGGGGUUGGGCGCCCAGGCCACGGACCAUGUGUUGCUGUACAGCCUGCGCCAGAUAGGCGACGUCAUCUUGGUCCAUGACGAGUCGGCCCUGCUGGAUCCACCCGCCGACGAGGCCGCCGGCUACUGCAAGCUGGUGGGAGCGGAGCUUGUGUCAGAGAGUGGCGUCAAGCUUGGGAAGGUGCGGGACUAUGCGUUUGACCCAGACUCCGGGGCCAUCUCCAGCCUGAAGUUCGACGUGCUGGGCCUGCCAUCCAUUCCCCAGGCCCUGCUCCCCUGCAGCGCCCUGCGCUGGGAUGAGGUCGUGGCCGUUGCGCCACUGCGCAUCGUCGUGCGCAGGGGGGCGGAGGCGCGGGCGGUGCAGGAGAACGAUGGCUGGCUGGCAGAGGGGAUGGGGAUGCUGCUGGGCAUCCUGGGAGGCCUGGGUGAAGAGGCGGAGGCGGGGCCGGGCGAGCGGAGGGCUGGGGAGGCAGACGCGUACCGCUCGGACCCCGCCUACCGGGAGUGGUACGCGCGGCACGGGCGGGACUACUCCCGCUAUUACGGGCUGGACCUGCCUUCCUACGCGCUGAAAAUCGAGCUUGAGCCGGGGUGCUCCCGCCUCAAGUCUGAGAUAAAGGUCCUGCUCGUCUGCUCCGGAGUACCCACCUUCAGGGAUGCCGGAGAUGUGGAUGGGCGUGCAUAUAUUGUGCAGGAGCUGCUGGGACCCUCACUACACACGGCCAGCAUGGAGCAUGAAGGCGGAAUAUGGCCAUUUAUGGAAGUCAAGAGGGUGGCCUGCCACCUCCUGGAAGCCAUCCGCGGAGUGCACGAGGGCGGUUACCUGCACUGCGCACUCAGCCCCCGCGCUUUCUACAGGCGCGGCCAGGGCACCGACCACCCAGGCAUGCUCUGGCGCCUGUCGGGCCUCGGCUCCGCCCAGCUGCAGUCCAAACGGCAGUGCAUACCCAGGGCCGAUGGGGCAGGGCCCGGCGCGUACACCGCCCCAAACCUGCACAACCCCCUUGCUCUGCCGGAGGAGCGUGACGACCUUAUCUCCUGGCUGUUCAUUGUGGCGGAGAUGCUCACUGGGAGGCUGCCCUGGAAGGGGUCUGGCGAUGAGCCGGGGUGCAGUGAGCAAGCCAUGCUGAAGCUGAAGAUGGAGGCGGAGGCGGAUCCCAAGGAGUUAUUCCCCAGCGUGGGGGGGAUGGUCAUGCCGAGGGUGGCCCUGGCGUUGACACAGGGUUUCUACGCCUUGCACGAGACUGUGGUUCGUGGGGAGCCCGACGACGGGCCAGACUAUGCCAGGAUCGAGCUGCUGGUGGACAGGCAGCGGGCGGAUCCCGGCAGGGCCACCCCGGACCGCGACGCGGCGGAGCGGGGACGGGAGCCGGAGCCGAAGCGGGCCGCUCGGCCCGCGGCGUGGCGGCGCGACGAGGACGGCGCCCGGGUCAAGCGCCGCCGGCCCUCCCCCGAGCCCCUGUCGAGGUCGAGGUCGAGGUCGCCGCUGGGGGCCUCGUAUGACGAGAAGACGCACGAGAAGUACAAGGCGUGCCUGAAGUACGUCCACGCCCUGCGCCAGGGAGCGCUCAGCAGGGAGGCGGAGGAGGCCUGCGACACACUGGCGAGACUCUCGCCCAUCGACGCCCUGUCGGUCAUCUGCUGGACGGCGGACGAGGUGGCCACAGGUGUGGAUAUGGAGGCUCAUCCCCUGGUGGCAGAGUGGCUGGAGGAGCUGUCAGCCUUCGCCGCGGGACUGGCCAGACGAUGUCGCCAGAAGGCGGGGGCGCUGCCCGGUCACUGA